AUGAACAGAGCAAAGUACAGAGAGAUCCUUGAUGACAACCUGCUUCAGAACAAUCAGGACCUCAGAAAUGUGAGAGAUGUGACCAACUGUCCACUCACUGAGUUCAUGGCUCCCUGUAUUGACUCCCUCCCACCGCUGGCUUUCACUAAUCGGAGGCCUAUACUAACCAUGUUACAUCCCCCCUCUCCAUUGGCCAUACGCACUCAGGAUGCACAGCGGUUCAUUGUAUUUUCAUACUUUGUCCCUGCUGAGUGCCCAGUUGCUACAGAGGCCACAGCAGAUGUAUCUACUCAUAAAAGAGAGGACUUGUUGACAGAUACACAUCUUUCCUCAUUGCUGCAUCGAUACCUGCCACACUUCUAUAACGAUGACUCCAUUCCACCACAGCAGACAGUAGAGGGAACCACUGAGGUCUCAGUUGCUAAAGUGGCUAUAUCUAAUAUAAAGGAAGAGGACAGAUUCUAUCCUUUCUCCCUCCCACCACUGGCUCAGCGGUUCGUUGGCAAUUCAUUCAUUGUCCCGGAAACCUCACAGCCUGCUGUUUCAGCCACAGAGUGCCGAAUUGCCAAAGAGGCCACUGCAGACACAGCCAUUGUCAAGAGAGAGAACCGAUGGGCAGCCAGAAGUCUUCCUUCAGUGCUGCCUCCAAGUCUGCCACCAGUCUUUGUCAUUGACUACAAACUGCCAGAGGAGGCAGUAGAGGGAACCAACAAGUGUCCAGUCGCCAGUGAAUCUGCCGCUUCCGUGUCCGCUGUCCUCCAAGAGGAGUUUUCAGCUGAUAAGAGUCUUCCUGCACCCGCAGCAUUGCCUCUAAGGCUGCCCUGCACCCACAGCAUUGACCACAAACAGCUAUGGGAGAAAGUUGAGGACAACACAGAGUUCUCAGUAGACAAAGAAGCAACUGUUGCCAUUUACACUUGGGAAGAUAAAAGUACUUCAGUUUUGCCAUGCAUCCACAACAACAACGACCACCAACUGCCAGAGGAGACAGUUGAGGACAACACAGAGGGCUCAGUUGACACCGAUGCAAGUGCAGUUGCACCCACUGUCAAGAGAGAGGAACUGACAGGUGAUAAAAGCCCUGUCCGAGCAAUUCCUCCAAUCCUGGGAUGCAUCCAUGACAAGGACCACAAGGAGCCAGAGCAGAAAGUGAAGGGCCCUAGUGAAGAGGUGGAUCUCUGCCCUCACACUCACCAGCUGGACCCAGAUGUUAACUUAACUCUGGCAACCCGCAAUGAUGAACCCAGGACCUGGACCCUGGAAGAGGCAAAGGAUUAUUGGAUAGGCAUUGAUAUUGAGAGUGAAGAGAGGAGCGUCAAGGAAGAGGUGAGACAGAGGGAGGGAUUGAAGCGUGAGGCGGACUGUGCCCAUUCCAAGAGCUCCAAUGGGAUGGCUUCAUCAGAGAGAGCAGAUACCAUCCUUGGAAGAGUGGGCUUUCUGGUCAUGAACCACAUGCAGAAAAUCCCAUUCUUGAAGAUGAAGGAAAAAGAGAAAGAUAAGAAACUGCAUAAGAAGUUGAAAGAUGACGAGAAAGAGAGAAAGGAGAAGAAAAACCAGGAGGAGGAGAACAAAAAGAGGGAGAAGAAAGAGAUGAAAGAGCAGAAGAUAGUCAUGAAGGAUGAGAAAAAGAGGGAGAAGUUAGAACAGAAAAAGAGAGAGAAGGAAAGAAAAGAGAAGGAAAAGGCAGAGAAAAAGAGGUUAGAGGGGCUGAUGAAGAUACAUAAUGACAUGAUGAAAGACAGGAUUAAGAAAGAGAAGAAGUGUUCUGAGGAGCUGAAAAAAAAGAGAGAAAGCUCAAGCUGAGUUCUUGGAGAUGGAGAGAAAGAUUCAAGAAAAGGAGGAGAAGAAGAGAGAAAAGAGGAGGAAAGAGGAGAGGAAGAGACUCGAGAAGAAGAAAAAGAGGGAGCCAGCUGGAGAUGGAACUGAGAGGGUGAUAGAAGAGCAGGGAAAGGAUGAAAGCUAGAAGAUGGAUGAGUAGACUGGGUAUUAGAGAGAGAGAGCAGGGCGGGAUACUGUAUUUUUGCAUGCAAUGAAAAAUGCAAUAAAAAAAAUCUAAUAAAAAGGUUUACUCUCUGUUUGAUUUUUGUCAAGGCAUAC